UACGGAUACGUAUUCGUGUUUCAUCCAAUGCCCCCCCCCCCAUUCAUUGAGAAUCCCCAGUCAAAGUCAUCUCCGCGAGUAAGAAUUCCAUAAGCUUUUUGGUUCAUGAACCCCCAUCGCACUCCCUUCUGCACUCCUUCUACCCGUACAACUACACAACCCCCUCGGCCGUCAACCGUCUACGUUCAAACCCCUUGUCUACCUUGGUCUAACUCCACCGCCCUCCUCCCCCCCCUUCCCCAACCAUCUGAACAUGUCAUACCCGCCGACUUGUCUGUCCAAUGUGACCCGGCCCAUCUAUCAUAUCUCCACCCUCAGAACAAUCCCUUCCCCUUUUCCCUAUCUCUCGUAGCCAUGACCCCGGCCCGCCUUGUGCGGGACACGAGUGAUUAUUCUCCUGCGUCAGUGCCAUGAAGGCGCCAGGCCUCCCGGACGCCGGUCAACCAUUGACAGCACGAGACGGGGGGUCGGACGACAUGUCAACGUGCAGGCUAGCUCGCAGCUUGUCAAGAGCCUCUUCAUCCCAGGUACGUGAGGAGCAUCAUGUCUUUCCCGAUUCGGUGUUGUGUCUGGUACUCUUUGGCCAUUGCAGC